CUUACAAACGCUUCUAGCCAAGAACAACGCUUUGAACAAGUUGCCUACUAAAGUAGCGCGUUUUUUCGUUGUAUGCCCUAUAUUUGUUUUAUGCUUAUAUCUACAUUUAACAUUUCACAGAUGCAGCAAUGGGUUAAAAAACAUCAGCUUGAAGACCACAGCCUGUUGGAUGUAUGCGUAUGAAUGCGUGACUGUGUGACUGUGUGUUGCCCUGUGUACAUUCGCUACAGGCGUUAUUGCAAGUUGUACUACCGAAUAUUUUCGCUCCAAUCUAACACUCCUUACCGAUUGUAUCGAAUCGUUCGACAGGGUGUGUUCUUCUUCAACAUCGUCCAGUGGACUCCGAUCAAGUACCUUGGCUAUUCGUAUCCGUUCUGGGCCCACGCCUUCGGUUGGUUUACCGCACUGUCGUCGAUGCUGUGCAUCCCCGGAUACAUGAUCUGGCUGUGGAGAAACACACCCGGCGAUCGUGCUAACAAAAUUCGGCUGAUCGUUCGAAUUGAGGACAGCGUAAGCCAGCUGCGGGAGAGAAUGCAGGCGGAUGCCGAGAAGGGCAUGGAGCUGUAAGAAGGAAGGAACCGUACUACUCUACCACUUCCAUCGGAUGUGGAAAUUGUGCCGUGCUUAAGGCACUUGUAUGAUUUUCUAAUUUGUUUUGCAACACUAAAUAUUAAAAAUUAUUUAAUUGUCCUUAAUUUUGUUUGUUCCACAAAAACCGUUCAUAUAUCUUUUUUUUUUUCAAUUCUUCAAAUAUAGUAAGUCGGUUC